AUGCGAGUACAACUCGCCUCUCUGGCCCUCCUAGCUGGCUUCUCAGCCGCAGCUAUUGCUGCUCAUGAAGAGCUGACUGUCCGCAACGCCAAUCACAUCUUCAAUGCCAUUCACUCGUCCAUGCGAGAAUGGGACUCUACUCUCUACCACUAUGGCAUGUCCUUCUUCUUGGCCUCUGUGCCAGCCGGCACGCAGCUUUAUCACGGCACGGGAACUCCCAACCCAACCACUGGAAUGGAGUGGUUGUCUUUUGAGCUAGCACAAGCCAUACUAUUUGCCAAAUUACCCCCGCCCUUGAUCGAAUCUCAUAAUCCAUGCAGAGCACCAGCCCAUGGCCAGGGCCAGGAGCCACUGUCAUCGGGACCAGAAGCUGACGAAGAAAGUGGCUGGCUACAUACGUACGCCGCUGCACGAGACCUCCGCCUUCUUUACAUCGACGGUCUAUCAGCAGCAUGGUCGAAUAACGGAACGCAGGAUUCGCAGAAACGCAUCUUCCUCGACGACACCAUCCACGAAUCUCAAAUCGUGGACGAAGCCGAGGCCGCAGUUGAAAUGUGUCGAAUCCUCCGCGAGACGUGGGGCGAUCGCCUAGACGGGAUACUACGCAUGGAGAUCGGUACCGAGGUUAUCCUAUGCUCGUUCGAGAGGGAUCUGAAAUUCGUUCGCGCUGUACGGGCGAAGCCCAUAAAGUCGCUGGAUAAGGGUAAUCGGUCGAAGAAAAAGACUCUAGCCGAUCUUCAGCCGGAUGUAGGGUCGUGGUUGUCCGUCGCGUCGCGGUAUCAUGGGAUUGGUGGGAACCGGGUGCGUCUGAAUUACGACCACUUUGUCACGGCAUUUGCACAUGAUCUUGAUAUCUUUGGUGGGGAGAGCAAAAAGUAUCGGCCUAGAUUGGAGCAUCUCGAGUCGUCGUCACUGGAACCAAUCAGACAGGGAUUGGAAACUCUCGUCAUGACGCAUGAUCCUAGCGAUUCCUCGUUCAAUUGGCAGGCUAUUACUGAUAUGAUCGUCGAGUGA